GCCCGCAGGCAGAGUACAGAGUUCAAGAUUAAGAUUGUGGAGAUUCCUUUGAGCAGCCAGCCAUACAGAAACAGGUGCCGGGUGCUUGCUCUGUUUACCUGUGUUAUGGGGGCCACUCGCUGGGGGAUUUGCUCUGCUGGGAAAAUCAGCCAUGAUUUCUUAGUGGCCCUGAAGACUCUCCCCACAGAAGACCAUAAGGUGGUGGCUGUUGCUUCCCCUGAUCUCCAUCGGGCUCAGGAAUUUGCCAGGAACCAUGACAUCCCAAAGGCUUAUGGUUCUUACGAAGAAUUAGCUCAUGAUUCUAGCAUUGAUGUGAUAUACAUAGGGGUGAUACCCCCAUACCACCUUUCAGCCACCCUUCUUUUCAUUGAAGCUGGGAAAAAUGUGCUCUGUGAAAAGCCAUUUGGCAUGAAUGCUGCCGAGGUCAAGACAAUGGUGAAGGCAGCUCAGGAAAAGAAGGUCUUUCUAAUGGAGGCUUUCUGGAGCCGUUUCUUCCCAGCUUCAGAGAAGAUGCAUUCCUUGCUGAAGCAAAGAGCCGUUGGGGAUGUGGUGGUGCUGCAUGCUGAAAUUGGAAGCCUGCCGAGUGUUCCUUGGGGAGCACAGAAAGAGCUUGGGGGAGGCGCACUUCUAGCUGUGGGUCUCUACUGCGUCCAAUUGGCCUGCAUGGUUUUUGAUAGAGAGAAGCCGGAAUCCAUCGUGGCUUCAGGAUUCCUGUAUGAAACAGGAGUGGAUCACUCAGCAUCAAUCAUCCUAAACUACUCUGGUCAACGUCAGGCUGUCCUCACAUACACCAGGAGGGCCAACCUACCGAAUCGGGCAAGCAUUUGCGGGACCAAUGGAAUAAUUGAGUUUCCAUGUACUUUCUGGUGCCCAACCCAGUUGGCUGUCAAUGGACAAAUGGAUGAGUUUCCCCUCCCUUUGCCAUCUCAGAAGCUGAACUACCCCAACAGCAUUGGCCUACGUUAUGAAGCAGAGCACGUCCGACAAUGUCUUCUUCAAGGUCUGAAGGAGAGUCCCAUUAUGUCUCAUGCUGACAGCGAACUGGUCCACUGCAUCUUGGAUGAAGUCCGGAGGCAACUCGGGGUGUCCUACCCACAAGACCACCCCUGAUCCAUCCUUCACUUGGCCUUUAAAGCUAAGAGAAAGCAAACGAAUGGCAAGUGAAGACCUCCAAAGUUCUUCUCAUUGAAAACUCCAUCCCUACAAGUAUGGAAGAAAACAUUGCCAAUAAAAGACAAGUUUGUUGUUGUUUUUGUGUU